AUGCCCGCCACCAUCAGCCACCUCAACGACCCACUCAACGCACACGCUGUCUCUUCGAUCGACAUGAUUGAUCCCCACCUCCUCCCCCGUCCCGCCUCUCCGCUCUUCUUUCCUACUCUCCUCGCCUACAUCCACUCCCUCGCCCCCUCCCUCCCUCUCGACCCCGUCAUACUCCAGUCCCUCCUCCUCUGCCUCAUCGCUGGUCACAAGAAUCUCAUCCUCCGCACACGCGAAGAGGACGUCGGUCUCGUCUCAAAGCUCGCCACCCUCGCCCUCUCCUCCAUUUUCGGCUACACUGCCCACAAGUCCAAGUUGCAUUCUGACGCAAAAUCAUACUCACCCUCCCAUCUACUCCACUCCCUCUUCUUCCCUCCAUCCACCCUUCGCACAGACGAUCCAACUCUCAGUCCCUCAAAGCGCCGCGACCGUAUCAGACGCAACUCUACUUCCCGUCCCUCAACCGCUAAACAGUCUCUUCCUCCACCAUCCAUCAAGACUCCCCGCUCACGCAAUAUCUCCUUUCCACGCUCUCUCUCUUAUCCUUCCGAUUCGCAGCAGUCCUCUUCCGCACCUCACAACACAGAUGGCUUAGAUAUAUCCUCUCUCGCUGCAGAUCUGCCCGGUCUCACUCCACGUCCUAAUCUCCAUCCUCUCGGUGUACACACCGAUCCAUCCGUUCCCACCUUGCUUUCCGCUCUCCAAGAUCGUACUGAUUACUUUAAUGUACAAUCUCUCGAUCUUCCUUCCUCAGUCGUCGUAUCCGGUCUCGAACAUGCAAGUCUUCCCGCUCAAAGGGCUCUACUCCAGGCUUUGACCGACAGAAAACUCAUUCUUCACUCUCAUGACCUCCCCUCACACUCGGAACAAAUAUCCAAGGACUUUCCACCCGAUUUUAUUCUCGUCUACGUGUGUCGCACAGAUCCACACGAACGACCUGCUCUUUACAAGAGUCUUCUCGACAGGUUUGCCAUGAGUGCAACCGUCACCGUCCAAUCUUCGACAAGGAUCGCAAUGCGCCAGCCACACCCUUAUCGUUUCCCUUCCUCCCCAUCCAGCGCCCUCCCCUCUCCGCUCAACCCCAUCGCGUCCCUAACCCACAUUCAGUCCCACCCAUCCCCUUCCCUUCGUAGUUCAGUCCUCCCGCCCGCCGCACAGCCCCUCAUAUCUCCGUCUUUGCUGCAAGGUCUCCACACCCUCAGCACGGCACAUAUCCGCUUUCGCGCGCCCCUCCAGCUAUAUUCCGCGGAUCUCUUCACCGCGGUGAGGCAUUACCAUGAGCUAGACGGAACGCUGCUCACAGCGCGCUCACGUAAGGACGCAGAGGACCUCAUCCGCGCCGUUCGCGUCCUCGGCGCAGACCUCACAGGCGCAGAGCUGCUCAAGGAGGCGACGAGAACACACGACGACGACACAGACGCCGACUCCCACGCCGACUCCACCUCCCUCCAACGCCCCUCCGAGCGCGGCUCGCUGCACGACGAUGCGGCGUCGACGUCGCACUCGGUGGACACGAAGGGGGGCGUACCGUGGAUCGAGGAGGCGCUGGAGCUCGAGCUGGAUGUGUGCGAGGCGGAUGUGGCGCGUGUUUUCCCUCGUGUGGUGACCCACCGCUUGCGCGUGCGGGAUUCGCCUGCGGAUGAGGUGUUGAGCAGUGCCGUGUGUGGUGCUGUGGGCGGGUGGACGUGGUGGCGGGAUAAGGCUGGGGAGACGGCGGGGGGAGCGGGCGCGAGGGCGAGGGCGAGGGGCGCGGAUGGGACGAGUGAGAGGAGUACAAUUAAAGAUAUUCUCGUUCAUGUUCUUGCGGAGGUGUAA